GAUUCAUUCAUUAAAAUGCCUUUUUAAGCACGUAUAAAUGCAAAUCAGCUGGAGACGCCAUAAACACCAUAUUUGUUACAUCGAUGAUAAUUUGCUCAAUAGCAUAUUUGAAUUUGUUAAAUAGAUUGAUAUGAGUCACUGUACUUCAUGCAAGAAUACAAGCUUAACUUCUAAUAAAAAAAUUUCUUUUCAUAGGACAUUAAAUUUUUUUAAGAUUUCCUAUCAUGAAUGAAAUUUUAUUAUCAAAAUGGCUAAAGCAAUGAAUAAGGAAAAUUUCACUCCUAAUAAGUUUUCAAAGCUUUGUGGAGCCCAUUUCAAACCUGAAUGUUUUAUGCCCUCACAUUCAGGGAAUGCUAUUCUAAAGGAAGGAUCUGACCUUCAGGAUAUAACAAAUAUUUCAUCGAAUACAAAUAAUACUCCUACAAAUUUUAACUAUAUAGAAAAAAAUGAUCAUACUUAUGCUACUAAUAUUUACUCUUUAGCUAAAAAGAAAAAAUUAGAAAUACCUAUUAAUACUCUAAGUGGAAGGCUUGGAAGAGCCUGUUAGAGAUAAUAUCCCAAAAACAUCUACCAGUUAUCCAAAAGUGUAUGUUAUAUUGGAUAUAUGCCAUAUGAUGAAGCUACUUAGAAAUAUGCUCGGUGAUAAAAAAAUUUUAAUCAAUAAUAAUAAUGGAGCUAUAAUAAAUUGGAAAUAUAUAAAAAAUCUUCACAAUUUAAAGGAUAAGGAAGGACUAAGGGCUAAUAAGAAGUUGACGAAAACCAUUCUAUUCGCAGGACAAUAAAUAUAUUGGCGCAUGAUCUUUUUUAAAUUAUAUUAUGACUGUAUAUUUUUAAAUAUAGAUGCUAUAUAUUAAUGAAUUUUGUAAUUUAUCGUACAUUAUAUCUAUUUUCUAAUUUAUAAUAAAAUAUGGAUGCUUUAUUAA